AGACUUACACAGAAAUAUAUAUAAUGCUUCGUCAAGAGAUUCCAACUAUGUCCUUGCUGCCACCAGUGUCACCAUUUAGUGAGUCAUCCAACAGUAGUACAGACGAACUCGUCAGAAUUGCAAGUCAAAGAGUUAUGGCGUCACAUCAUCAAUACAUGACUAUGGUCUCUGAUGGAGGCCAAUCUGACAACUCUGACAUCUCUGCUACAACUGUAUCAACUAUCCAAAGUUUAGAAAGUGUAAAGAGCAAUCAGACGUCUGCUACUACCAAACCUAGCUACCAGCGCCACCCUAAGCCGCCAUACUCCUAUCUUGGCAUGAUCAUCAUGGCUAUCGAGAUGUCGCCUGAUAAAGCACUUUCAUUGUCCGAGAUCCAUCUUUCACUUGUCAGCAUGUUUCCAUUCUUCCGAGGCACGUAUCGUGGUUGGAAAGAUUCAGUUCGUCACACUCUUUCUUCAGGUGCUUGUUUCUUUAAGUGUCUACGUGGUCGUAUCAACAAAUGGGCUGUUCAUCUUCACCUAGCACCUUACAACGCCCUUCUCCGACAAGACACAGCCGUCUCAAGAUCAACUUACUGGCCGCCAACUAUAUAUGACUAUCUUAAAGUACCCGAAGUUAUGUUGCCUUCAAAGUACAACACUAUCUCUUCAACAGCUAUCACUUCUGAUAACACCAUACAGACCAAACGUCCUACAGACUUCAGCAUAGAUCGUAUUCUAACUCCUGAGAUAGUAGAUGACUCCAGACCACUUCUGACAGAUGAUACCUCACCAACAUUCAACAAGAUGACGCUUAAACUAAAGACACGAAAGACAACUACAAGACGUCACCAAAGCUCGCCACUUACAAAACUAGUUACAGACUCAGCUUCUAAAUGGGGUGUUACUGAAGAAACCGCAGUCGACCAACUUCGUUCCUUAUGUCAGAUUAUGGACACUACUAGUGCUCUACAGCAACAUCAAUCAUCCGAACAGUUACUCCCAGUUAAGUCCGAGAUACCAUCACCAAGUCCAACCGAUACGUCUUACCAUUCACAUCCUAGUGACCUACAAGAGUCUUCAUCUCACCGUUAUUCGCUACCAUCUGCAUCUUCUCCUAGUUAUUGUAUGACGCCGCCAUCUUGCGAGUCACCAGCCUACCAGCAAAAUCUGCCAUUCUCUACUGUACCGUCUUACACUGCCAACCAUCAUCAUCAACCGUAUGCCACGGAGUACCUACAACAACUAUAUGCAGCACAUCAAUACCAACAACUAUAUGCAGCUCAUCAACAACAACAGUAUAUACAACAGCAACAACUUUAUACACAGCAACUAUACCAACAACAACUAGCGGCCCAUCAAUCUGUUUAUCAGCCUAGUUUCCAAGGUUACCAACAUAAUACUUUCUUCCAUGAACCAGCUGAUUUCAACACACCCGCAGUUGACCUGUCGUCUCCUUCUUGUCAGUAG